AACACUGUAUCUUUCAUCUUGUAAGUGAAAACUGACAGAUGCAUGUUCAUGUCCCCGUAUGAGUAAACAUGUGUUUGUUAUGAAAUUCACGUGUAUCAAUGUACUUUAACAAUUUAAUGAUUUGAGAGUAUAAAUUAAAGGAAGCUACUACUUUUAUACUCAUUAAAAAUGUCUAUUAACCUCGACAUAAAGCUUAAACGAGCAAGUAAAAUUUAUCGAGAAGGUGAAAAUGUGAGUGGAUUCAUUCUUCUGCAGACAAAUUCCGACGUCAAGCACGAUGGAAUAUAUCUCACAAUGGAAGGUUUAGUCAACCUGCAACUUAGUUCUAAAACUGUUGGUAUCUUUGAAGCCUUAACCAAUUCAGUUAAGCCAAUUCAGCUGGUACAAUACACUGUGGAAGUAGCACCUGCUGGAAAAAUACCUAGUGGCAAAACAGAAAUUCCGUUUGAGUUACCUUUGAAACCCAGAGGUUCAAAAACAUUGUAUGAAACAUAUCAUGGGGUAUUUGUUAAUAUUCAGUAUUUAGUUCGGUGUGAUAUUAAAAGGAGCUUUCUGGCAAAAGAUGUUAAUAAGUCUUUGGAAUUUAUGGUAGAGGAUAAAACAUCAAAGUCAAUAGACAAGGAGUCUCGUAAACCUGUACCAUUUAAAAUACUUCCAGAAUCUGUACAAAACACUAAAGAGAGAACUGUUCUUCCAAGAUUUGUUAUUUCUGGUCACAUAGAUUCACUUUGUUGCAAAAUUUCUGAGCCUUUGACUGGUGAAGUUAUAAUUGAGAGCUGCGAUGCUAUUGUAAAAUCGAUUGAACUUCAAUUGGUUCGAGUAGAAACUUGUGGAUGUGCUGAAGGAUAUUCCAAAGAUGCAACUGAGAUACAAAAUAUACAAAUUGGAGAGGGCAAUGUGUGUACAGAGUUAGCUAUUCCAAUUUAUAUGAUUUUUCCAAGACUCUUCACUUGUCCAACUCUUAUAACUAGCAACUUUAAAGUUGAAUUUGAAGUUAAUCUGAUUGUUGCCUUUGAAGAUGAUUACAUAGUAACAGAAAAUUUUCCUAUCACUUUAACAAGACAUUAAAAAAAGCUAAUGCAAUAUUUACUGUACAGUUUUUUUUAUUUGUACAUAAAU